GACUGCUACUUCAACCCCUCUACCGCGGCCUGCGCUCGUCUGGCUGCCGGCAGUGCGGCUGAGGUUGCCCGGCGGGUGGUGUCGGGAUCCGCCCGCCACGGUGCCGCCAUCAUCCGGCCCCCGGGCCACCACGCUGAGUCGUCCGUGGCCAUGGGCUUCUGCUACUACAACAACGCGGCUGUGGCGGCCAGGGCGGCGCAGGCGGCAGGGGCGAAGCGGGUGCUCAUCAUGGACUGGGAUGUGCACCACGGAAAUGGCACGCAGGAGAUUUUCUACGAGGACCCGUCCGUGAUGUACAUGUCUACGCACAGAUACGACAAUGGGAACUUCUAUCCGGGAACCGGCGGUGCAAGCGAGACCGGCUCUGGCCCUGGUUUGGGUUUCACCGUCAACGUGCCCUGGAACGGCUCCGGGGUGCGGGAUGCGGACAUGUUGGCCGCAUUCCGCCACGUCGUCGUACCGCUGGCAACCGAGUUCCGACCCGACGUGGUCAUCGUGUCGGCGGGAUUCGACGCGGCGGAGGGCGACCCGUUGGGCGGCUGCCGCGUCAGCACCGCCGCCUUCAGCCACUUCGCCGCCAUGCUGUCCGCGCUCGCACCCACAGUGAUGCUUUUGGAGGGCGGCUACAACCUCAUCGCCACCGCUGCCGCCACGGAAGCGUGUCUGCGAGUGCUGCUGGGCGAGCCGCCA